AUGAUCGAACUGAAACACGCGUUGGACGCGAAAGGUCACGGGGCGUUAGAAAUGCCCACCGGGACUGGGAAAACGAUCACGUUACUCUCGUUGAUUACCAGUUAUCAGUUGCAAUACCCACACUCGUGCGGGAAACUGAUUUACUGCACGAGAACGGUGCCUGAGAUGGAGAAAGUUUUAGCGGAGUUGAAAGUUUUGCAGAAAUAUCGCGAGGAGCACGUGGAGAAAGGGAAAGAGGAAGAGACGCACAUUUUAGCGCUGGGGUUGUCGUCGAGGAAGAAUCUGUGCGUGAAUCCGAAAGUUUCCGAGGAAGGAUCGAGAGAGAGCGUGGACGCGAGGUGUAGAAACUUAACCGCCAGUUGGGUGCGCGAUAAAGCGAAAGAGGAAGCCGAAGAAGGCGAUCAAAAAGGAACGAAAAUAAAAACGGUUUUAGAAAACGAGAAGAUUAGGAAGAGCAAUCUGUGCGAGUUUUACGAAGAUUUAGAAGCGCUUGGGGCAGAAGCGGAAGUGCCGAAGGGCGUGUAUACGUUGCAAGAUUUGAGAGAGUUUGGACGGGAGAAGAGGUGGUGCCCGUAUUUUCUCGCUCGACAAACGUUACAGAGAGCGAACGUGGUGGUGUAUAACUAUCAAUACUUGUUAGACCCGAAAGUUGCCGGGUUGGUUUCGAGAGAAUUCGAGGAUAACGCGAUUGUCGUUUUUGACGAGGCGCAUAACAUCGAUAACGUUUGCAUAGAAGCUUUGUCGGUGAACUUGCGUUCGCAGACGUUGGACGCGGCGCAGAGAAACAUCACGACGUUAAACACGCGCAUAACAGAAGUGAAGAAAACGGAUAGAAAAAGGUUGCAGGAUGAGUACGAGCGAUUGGUGUCCGGGUUAGCGAACCAGGGUGCAAUUUCAAGGCAAAGAGGUGAAGAUUUAAUGGCAAAUCCAGUCAUUUCCGAGGACGUCGUGCAAGAAGUUAUUCCGGGCAACAUUCGACGAGCGGAACAUUUCGUGGCCAUAAUGCGCCGAUUUGUCGAGUUUUUACGGCACGAGUUACGCGCACCAUCAGUCGUACAAACCGCACCGAGGAUGUUUAUACAGAAAUCAGAGGCUGGUGGUGGCGUCGACGCGAAGACGUUGAAAUUUUGUUACGAUCGUUUGACGUCGCUGUUGAAAACUUUAGAGAUUGUUGAUACGGAAGAGUUCGGCGCGUUGUCUAGCGUUGCUGAUUUUGCAACUUUAAUCGGUACGUACGAUCAAGGGUUCACCAUCAUAAUGGAACCGUACGACGAGAGAUAUCCGCACAUUCCCGAUCCAGUUUUACAGCUCGCGUGUUUAGACGCUUCUUUAGCGGUGAAACCAGUCUUCGAGAAGUAUCAAUCCGUAUUCAUUACGAGCGGGACUUUAUCGCCGAUUGAUUUAUACCCUCGAUUGUUAAAGUUUCGGCCGAACGUCAUGAAAUCACUCAUGAUGACGUUAACUCGGAAGUGUUUGUGUCCCAUGGUCAUCACUCGAGGCGCCGAUCAACAACACAUCUCCUCCAAGUUUGACAUGAGAGAAGAUCCAAACGUCAUUCAAAAUUACGGGAAAGUUUUAGUAGGAUUAGCGCAAAGUAUCCCGGACGGUAUCGUCGCGUUUUUCGUCUCGUACUCGUACAUGGAAAAUAUCAUCUCCAAAUGGCACGAUACCGGGAUUUUACGAGAGAUUAUGCAACACAAGUUGAUUUUCAUGGAGACGCAAGACGUCGUCGAAACGUCCUUAGCUUUAGAUAAUUACCGCAGAGCGUGUAACGCCGGUCGAGGUGCCGUUUUUCUCUCCGUCGCGAGAGGUAAAGUUGCCGAAGGUAUCGAUUUCGAUCGACACUACGGGCGCGCUGUAGUCAUGUAUGGCGUGCCGUAUCAAUACACGUUGUCUCGAAUUUUACGAGCGAGAUUGGAGUAUUUACGAGAGACGUUGCAAAUCAAAGAGCAAGAUUUUCUCACUUUUGAUGCCAUUCGACAAGCGUCGCAGUGCAUCGGUCGAGUCAUUCGUUCCAAAGCCGAUUACGGAUUGAUGGUCUUUGCAGAUAAGCGAUAUAACUCGCACGAUAAAAGAUCGAAGUUACCGAAGUGGAUAUCCAAUCACAUGACCGAAGAACUUUUGAAUUUGAGCACGGAUAUGGCGUUGACGGUGUCUCGAGCGUUUAUGCGACACAUGUCGCAACCGUUCUCGGCUGGAGAAGCCGGGAAAACGCUAUUUGACCAGCAAAAAGUGGACGAAAUCGCCCGACGGAUGGGAUAUCCGGGAGGUUGCGCGGUGAAUUUAGCGCCGCCGACCAAAAGAAUUAAAUAA